UUCAAAACGUUAGUUAUGAAUGACUAAAGGUUGUAAUUGUAAAUUUGUCUAUUGACCAAUUAUUUUUUUGUAUAAUUUCUAGUUGAACAGUAUAUUCAAUUUUAUAUAGAAUUUUAUAAGGUCUUGACUAGCCUGGUUUUCUGUGAAUUAUAUAGAAUCUAAAUUUCAGUCUUUUGUUCAACACAAAUCAAAGAGAGUGAUAUAAGAGGAUAAAUUUUGAACAAUGAAGGAGUGUGUGGAAUUCAAGAAUACCGAUGCUAGAAACAUCAAUGAUGUUCUAUACUAUGAGCUGUUGGUGAAUAUUUUUAUGGCCUUUAAUGUUGUAGAGCUUGCAACAGUAUCAAGAGUGUGUAAAACUUGGCGUGAAGUUCGUAGUGACCCUAAACUUUGGCAUAAGCUUGACCUUAGUGUACUCUGCUAUAAGCCAUUUAACGUACCCAGGAUGCUAGGAUCUUGGAGAGAUUCAAGUGAAAGACUGACUAAAAUUUUGAGAGGAAUCUUAACUCAGAGCGAAGUAGAACACAUUCGUUGUUUUGUGUUCAAUUAUUAUACUUACUUAAAGGAUGAACAUUUGCUCCUUGUUGCUGAAAGGACUCCAAAUCUAAAAAUGUUAGUUCUACCUGCCAUAUGUAAUUUUUCAAAAGAAGCAAUUGAACAUGCAAUUAGUUUAUGGGUAGGGCUUGAAUCCAUCACAAUUACCCGCAUGAUCAAUCAUAAGGAUAUUUUUCUUGCAAUUGGCAAAUACUGCAAAGGAAUCACCAGUCUGAAAUUCACUACUGGCUUCAAAAUGGAUCAUGCUAGAGCCUUGAUCGAACACACCCCAAAUCUCAAGUUCUUGAACCUUCAAUCCAUAAUAGUAAGCUUUAGAGCAUUGUGCUGUGUGCUUGAGAACUUGAAGCAUUUGGAGAUUUUGAACCUCUGCCAUAGUCUCAUUAUAGACAAGCCUGACACAUCAAACCAGGUUGUUUUGUACACUUUUUGCCAAUUGCAACAUCAUCAAUGGCCGCUCCUCCACCGUUUGAGAAAGAUUCUGACUUGUCAAAGUAAUAACGGCUGUGCCAUAUGCAAGAAUAGGAUGGCGGGUCAUAACUAUCUGAUCAAGAAGGCAUUACAUGAAGCCUUUGAAUAAAUUAUAUGAUCAUGAAUGAAGAAGCUUCAAAUAAAUGUGGUUGUUUAAACAUACACAAUUUGAAUUACUUUCAUGGAAGUAGCUAUUAUGAAUUACUGUUAUUCUUGUUUUGGCAUAAAAAUAUGAGUAUCUAUGUUGGAUAAUUUAUAUUCCUAUAUGCAAAAUUAGUUGUUAUCUUCGGGAAAAUGAAAUAA